AUGGCCUUUUCGGGGGCGCACUGGUUCAUGACACUUGCUUGCAUUAUCCCUCUGUUGUUGCCUGUCUCCGCUUCGAGCGAUGCACAUCAAUUUCCGGCAUCUCACAUUGGCCAUUUGGCAUUCAGAGGGCGAGACCUCGCUAACUCUACCGCCUUCACUAACUCUACCACCUCCCCCAAUAUCAACGUCCCAACAUGUGAAUUCUCUCCACAUGCCUUCCGAACGACACUUGCCGUCAAAUGUCAGUCCGAGGUCGAGGCAAUACAAGUAUGCCCAACUUCUGCGAUGAGCUCUCGACGCCGCCGAGAACUAGCCAGAAGCCUUGCAACAUGCGCCGUGGAUGUAUAUCGCGAUGUCAAUUCGUGCGCGGUAUACACAGUCCCUGAUUACGGGCUUCCUCCCUUCGAGAGCGACGACAGACUGGGUAUGAUGGCGAACUACCUUAACCCCUUCUCCGAUCGCAUUUUGGGCAAGCGAGCAGCGAAGGAGCAGGGAGCUUGCAAGAAUCCAGAUAUUCUCCCCAUAUUCGAGCGAGCAAUCUCCCCUUUUCAUAACGACACCGAUGGCAGAUGGCUGGCGGUAGAGAAGACGCCUUCCCAGUAUCUACGUUGCCUCAUGCAAGCGCCGGAAGCAAUGGUUGAGUCUUGCGUGACCUCCUCGAUUCGCAAACUGCAAUGGCUGCCGGACCGGCUGAUUAUCUACGGCGGACAGAAGCGAUGCUCUACCCGGGUCCAGAUGAUGAUCACAACCAUCCAAAAGAUAGUGCUAGAAAUCGUGCACUUGGCCGCCGAAAUAUGGUGGGCGAGAAGAAAGCGCAAGACUGAUCCGAAUUACGGCAGGUCCUUCUCGUGGGUCGGACUCUUCCGUGCCGUCAUCCUGGGUAUUGGCACACCGUUGAUAUGCGCCCUCAUCAUUCGCACUCAGUUUCCGGAGAACUCUCUGGCUGCGGCAUUGGGCUUGUAUCUUCUGAUUCCGCAGGCUGCACCCAUCAUCGCCUUCCUUAGUGGAAUCUUCCUCAGCAAGGGAUUCGGCACCCAGACUCUCUUGGUGGACCUUGUGUCCGCCGGCGCGGCCCUUGUCUUGUACAACCUGCCGCUGAAGAUUUGGACUGGUCCCAUGUCCACUCUGGCGUCUAGCACGGAGGCGCCGAGCACUGAAUUUCUCUAUCUGGGACUCUAUCUCGCAACCGUACCUGCCGGCGUCGUCUUCUUCAUCUACCAGAUGAUCAUCCUCCUCGCCGUGUUCCUGUUCGUAUGGUCCGUCUGCGGAAAACACAAGAACCUAGCCAAAGCCGCCGGCGUCUUGGUAGGCCUGUGGAUCGCGAUGUGGAUCUGGAUAUUUUCCUUUGCCGUCUUCGCCAUCAUGGAGGUGAUCUGGCUGGCGUUCUACAAGAAAAAGAACGGCGGCAGAUUCCCCGUGCUGGAAAGUCUGCGGGAGUGGUUUUCGCGCGCAGGCAGCCCUAUUGGGUUCAUGCUGAAACGCUAUGGAUAUUGGGCGUGGGUGCUUGUCUCGUUUGCGGUUGCAGUUGGGAGGUGGAUGUUUCUUACGCAGUUGCUGCAGCUUACGGGCGGCGCGUUCUGUCCCGAUUCGUUGAAGGGCGCAACGGCGACGAGCUUUCUGCUUCCGUUCGCGGCUAUCUGCGCUAAUGUUGCGCUUAAAUUCUGUGGCUUGGCUCUGUAG